AUGUCCGAGUCAGCGAGCGCAAAUGCCCCGAAGCCAAGCAGCAGUGUUAAGCUUGUGCUGCUGGGUGAGGCCGCAGUAGGCAAGUCUUCACUUGUCCUUCGCUUCGUCAACAAUGAUUUCCAGGAGAACAAGGAACCAACCAUCGGCGCUGCCUUCCUGACGCAGAAAUGCUCCCUCCCCACGCGCACCAUCAAGUUCGAGAUCUGGGAUACCGCCGGCCAGGAGCGAUUCGCGUCCCUCGCCCCGAUGUACUACCGCAAUGCGCAAGCCGCCCUGGUCGUCUACGAUGUCACAAAACCAUCAUCGCUCACCAAGGCCAAGCACUGGGUCGCUGAGCUGCAGCGUCAAGCUAGCCCUGGGAUUGUGAUUGCCCUCGUCGGUAACAAGCUGGACUUGACCAAUGACGGCGGCGAGGCUUCCGAGGUGGCUGCCGAAACAGAUGGUGCCGACUCAGCUGCACAGGAGGAGCAAGGUACCGGCGAAGAGGACGAAGCGCAGGAUGCUGUCUCUGGCGACGCCCGCAAGGUCUCAACCCGGGAAGCUACUAGCUAUUCCGAGGAAGAGGGUCUGUUGUUCUUCGAGACCAGUGCUAAGACCGGCACCAAUGUCGUUGAGGUCUUCACCGCUAUUGCUAAUGCCAUCCCGGAGAGUAGUCUGAAGACCGGUCGCGGUACUGGCGCUGGUACUGGACAGACCUCGCUCGGCGCGCGGUCGACAGAGGACUCGAGGGUCAACCUGGGGGAUCGUAACGCUGCGACGGCCAAGGAAGGCUGCGCUUGCUAA